CCCUCUCUCUGCAUCCUGCGUAUAUAAGAAGACGUGCAUUCCGUCGUGUUGGUGACGGCAUACACCCACUUUCCAACGUCUUAUACUUUAGGUACCAAUCUACCUGAUCUACUUCUCUUUCCCCCGCCUGUCCAGAACACAUUGAUCCUCCUGAACAGCAGCACGGCGAGAGAGGUCAGCAAUGGAGCCGAGUAUCGGGGAGAAAGUGCAAGGAAAGACUUAUACUACGCAAGAGCCGACGGAAUCUCCCGAGGCUAUUCUCGACCAAAUCCCAAAAGGUCGCUGGGAGCGCAGUUGGCCGGUCAUCGCCUGCGGUGCUGGUCUUUUCUCCGACGGCUAUCUCAAUGGAGCCAUCGGUCCCGUCAAUACCAUACUGGACAAGGUCUAUGUGCAAACCUACUCCAAAUCCUCUGCCAGCCAAAAUGUCUCGUCGAUUGCCUUCGCUGGCACCGUCGUCGGCCAACUUUCUUUCGGAUGGCUCAGUGACCAUUGGUCGCGCAAGUGGUCUCUUUUGAUUUCUACUCUCAUUCUGAUCGUAUUUUCCGCCCUCUGCGCCGGUGCGUAUGGUGCUCAUGAUAGCUCAUACGGCAUGUUUGCUGCCCUUACUGCAUAUCGAUUUUUCCUGGGUAUCGGUAUCGGUGGAGAGUAUCCUGCCGGUUCUGUCGCGGCCGCAGAGAACACGGGAGAGCUCAAGAAGGGCCAUCGCAAUCGAUGGUUCAUCUUCUUUACCAACUUUGCGAUUGACGUUGCCUCUGCCAUUUCGACCCUUGUGCCCAUGAUUCUGGUGUUGAUCUUCUCAGAAAACCACCUCCGUGCCGUGUGGCGUUUGACUCUCGGUCUGGGUGUCAUUCCUCCUCUGAGUCUACUCUAUCUACGAGUAAAGCUGCAGGAACCGGAAGAGUUUAACCGGGAGCGUAUGCACAAGUUCCCUUGGUGGUUGAUUCUCAAAUUUUAUUGGUUUCGCCUGGCCGUCGUCUCCCUCAUCUGGUUCGUGUAUGACUUCUCGGCCUAUUCCUUUGGUAUCUACUCCUCCAAAUGGAUGGAGAUCAUUCUUGGUGAUAGCGCCCCGCUCUGGAAAUCCUUUGGUUGGAGCACCCUGACGAAUGCCUUCUAUAUCCCGGGCUCCCUAAUCGGGGCAUAUGUCAGUGACUGGCUUGGUCCUCGCAAAACGUUGGCUAUUGGGGUGAGUCUCCAGGGUAUAGUCGGAUUUAUCAUGGCAGGCUGUUAUAAGUAUCUGGCAACUCACGAGAAUGUGGCUGCGUUUGUGGUUGUCUAUGGCAUAUUCCUAGCCCUCGGAGAGGUAGGCCCCGGUGACAAUAUCGGUCUCUGUGCAGCAAAGAGCAGUGCUACUGCCAUUCGUGGUCAGUAUUACGGUAUUGCAGCGGCAAUGGGGAAGAUCGGUGCUUUCGUCGGUACCUACGUCUUUCCAGUUAUUCAGAAGAAUGCCCCCAACGCAACGCGCUCUGGCCAAGACCCUUUCUUCGUCUCGAGUUCACUGUGUAUUUUCAGCGCCCUGCUCGCAAUCUUCUGCUUGCCACAUAUCGGACAAGAAACGAUCACCGAGGAAGAUCGCAAGUUUCGUGAAAUGCUCGAAGCCCAUGGCUACGACACCUCUACCCUCGGGAACAAAGAACGGACCCAGACUUCAGAUGAUGCGUAAUGUGAAUUGCGGCCCCAUAUUAUGCCCGUUCUACGUUGACGGACGCCCUUUGUCUCGCCCUUUGCCUCGCCCAUUCACAUGUAUGUCUCGCCCCCGCAGUCUUUUGUUGCGAUCCUGUGAACGGCCCUUGUGCGACAUCCUCUAGUAUCCCCCCCAAAUGCGGCACGAGUGAUCAAAUAAGCCCUUCGCCCGGCAAUACAACAACCGAACAUGUUCUCUGAUACGUAUUUGCUUAUACAACCCUUUGCUUUCAGUACCCCUCGCGACGCAGCCCGACGCAGCCCAACGCAGCAUGAAGUGCACGGAAACCGGACGUAUAACGAUAGAAGUUACCAUAGGACUUGAAUUUAUGCGGUAUAGCUGAGAUUUACGUGAUAAUGAUGGCCCUGAGUUCGCAUAUAUGUAUACUAAUGCUUAAUCUUGACUCUGUUAGCUC